AUGAAGGACCUGACGGGCAAGGUAGCUCCCCCCUUUUUCGACGCAAACAUGGGACAACAAGUUAGAACAGUCUUUAUUGCCGGCGGAUCCACGGGGCUUGGGCGGGAUUUGGCGAUCAGCCUGGCAAAGCGAGGCUGCCAUAUUACCAUAUUCGCACGCCGCCAACAGAAGCUCGACGAGGCCAGGUCCGAGGUGCUAGCCGUGCGAAAGCAUGCUAGUCAGGAAAUAACAGUUCAGUCGCUCGACCUAUCCGAUGCUACCAAGAUCAAGGAGAUAUUCCAAUCGCAGCCCCGGCUCCCCGAUAUCUUGUACUGCGUAGCAGGUGGCACGACGAAUGAACUUGGGUUUCUCGUCGACCUCGACGCAGACGCCAUUUCGCGAUGCAUGACGAACAACUACCUCACGAGCGCCUACCCGGCCCAAGCGAUGCUGAAACUAUGGACCGAGGAUGAUAAAACGUUCCAGCCAGCGGCUGGUUGCCAGCCGGCCCCAAAACCGAGGCAGCUCGUAUUUGUUAGCAGUGCGGCGUCAUUCGUAGCGUUCCCGGGAUACACCGUGUAUACGCCCGCCAAGUGCGCCGUCCGAGCCCUUGCCGACACCCUCCGCUGCGAACUCAUGCGCUACUCCGGUCCAGCCUCGCAGUACUCGGUGCACAUCGCCUUCCCCUCCAACUUCAUAUCCCCGUCCUUCAUCGACGAGCAGAACACCAAGCCCCCGCUGACCAAAGAGCUCGAAGGAACAACGGCCCCGUUAUCAGAGCUCUCGAAGAAACUACACAGCUCGAAGCAGGUGGCGGAUGCAAUCAUCGCGGCCGUGGACAAGCAGCAGUUCAUUAUCUGCAGCGAGUAUGAAGCGUCAUUACUCUUUGGUGGUAUGAUGGGAUUGUCGCCUCGACGCGGUUUCGGCAUCGUGGACUCAAUUGUUGCGAUAGUGAGUGUCAUUGUUUGGCCGCUUGUGAGACGCUGGUUCGAUUGGACGAUUGCCAAAGACAAGGCUUAUAUUGGGUCUGCUGGACGGAAAUAG